CUUCGUCCCGGCAGCAAGUUUCACGGCUCUCAACAAUCCGACCGUCAACGAUAUGACGUACAGGUAGAGAUCAAGCAUGUCGAUAUGAAUGAAUCCUUUCUCUGCGGCUACUUGCGCAUACAAGGCCUCACCGAAGACCAUCCGACACUGACCACCUAUUUUGAGGGCGAAAUCAUCGGCACCAAGUAUACUUUCCAUACCAAGCAUCCGGAAUGGGGUUCGAAUGAAAAGGUCGAUAUGCAACAUUGGCAGAGAUUUCCUGCCUUUCGACCAUUGGCAAAACAAGCCAGACGCUCCGACUUCACUUUCAAGAAUUUUGCUCAAAAGGAGAACAUCUUCAUGAGAUGGAAAGAGUAUUUCCUCGUUCCGGACCAUCGCGUACGGACUAUUUCAGGAGCAAGUUUCGAAGGAUUUUAUUACAUUUGCUUUAAUCAGGUAGCAGGCACUGUGAGCGGAAUCUAUUUUCACGCCAAGAGUGAAAAGUAUGUUAUCAUCCUCUAA